GCCCUCUCUCUCCCAGGCUGAAACGAAAACGAUCAGGAAAAAGUCAAAACCCCCACGAAAAAACACCCCGGAGGAGGGGGAAAAUAGGGGAGGGGAAAAGGCGGCCGGCGCCCGAAAUGAAGCCCAACGCCAAGAAGAAAUCCAAGAAGAAGAAGCGGGCCUCGCCGGCGGCCGCCGAUGGGGCGGCGCCGGCCCCUCCGGCGGCGGGGUCCUCCCCGCGUUCUCCGCUCGCCGAAACCCUAACCCUAGCCGCCGCGGCUGCGGCCUCGGAGACGGAGUCGAGCGGCAGCGGGAGCGGCGGGGACGCCUCGGGGUACACGCGCGCCUUCACCUCCAGCUCGUCGGGGGCCGCGUCCACCUCCUCCUUCUACGCCCCCUCGUCGUCCGACUCCGCCGCGUCCUCCUCGGCAACGGGCGACGAGCGCCGCGACCUCGCCUGGCUGCUCGAGGCCUUCGGCAGCGCAACCAUCGACCAGGUCGACUCCGCCUACCGCGAGGCCGGCGGCGACCCCUUCCUUGCGGCCGGCAUCCUCGGCUCCACGCAGGACACGCAGCCGCUGCCGCCGCCGCCGCCAGAUCUCUCGCCGCACGCGGGAUCUGCUGGGAGGAAGCCGGCUCGCAGGCCCAGGAAGCUUCCCGUGGCCGCGUCCGGCAUCGUUGCGGACGUGAUCGGCAAGGGCUACUCGCGGCCUGCCACUCCGCCUGUGAGCGCCACAGAGAGAAGUGGGUGGAAGGGGAAGGGGAAGGACAUGGAUGGAGAAAGCGUCAGCAAUGGCUGGAAUGAUGAGAGAAAUGGGGACAGAGAAAGUGGAGGUGGCGAUCCCACGUUUAAUGUUGAGGAGGCCGAGCAGUUCCUCUGCUCCAUGCUUGGAGAUCGUUCUGAGCUCAGCAUGGGUGUGGUCAGAGACGUGCUGGGUCAGUCUGGAUAUGAUGUUGAGCAGGCUCUGGACGCAUUGCUUGAUAUCUCCGGUAUGGGAUGGUGCAUUCCCAAUGACGAAAUGAAUGGCUCAUCCUCUCCAAAUAUCUUCCCAGGAAAUGGAUUAUUUGAAGAAGAAUCUGCUGCAAGUAUUCAAAAGAGUCCAUGCCAGUUCCCAGAAGAAAUACCUGGUAUGUCAUACAAUCACUCCGAAAGGCAACAUGAAUUCUUCUGGGGGGAACAACAGAGCAGUAGCUACAUGAAGGCUGUUUGCGAGGUGCAACACUCGGAAACACCGUCUCCAAGAUCAGCGGUGGUGGAUUCCAAGAUGCCACAGCGAGUCUUGGAGUCGCUGUUCAAAAUACCUGAACGGCGCACAUAUGAGCCAAGUAAAAUGGACUGGAAGAAGGUAGUGAAGAAGCUGCAGUCAUACAAUCAUCCUAUCACAGCAAGCAAUCAAGAAAGACCAAAAAAUGGGGAUGGGUAUCGAGAGUUCCGUGGUGUUUCUGCUAGGCAUUAUGAUACAAUGAAAGGGUACUAUCAGAAAGCUGCUGUGGCAUAUUCCAAAGGAGAUAAAUCUUAUGCCUCGUACCUUGCAGAGGAGGGAAAACAUUAUCGGGAAUUGGGUCGCAAGGAAGAUGAGAAGGCCAGCAGGGAGAUAUUUGAAGCCAGAAACAAGCAUAUAACGAACACGGUGACUAUUGACUUGCACGGUCAACAUGUCAAGCAAGCCAUGAAGCUCCUCAAAGUUCAUAUGCUGGUUUGUGUAUGCAUGCCAUCUACCCUCCUUAGAGUAAUUACUGGUUGUGGUGUUGAAGGUACAGGGAAAGGAAAGAUAAAACGAUCGGUUAUCGAGCUUGUGGAGAAGGAAGGCAUCGAGUGGCACGAAGGAAACUCCGGAACUAUAGUACUACGACUAGGCGGGCCAAGAGAAUACCGCUUCCUGGAGCAUGACAGCGAUUCUGACUAAGUCAAAGCCUCGCCUCGUCUCUUUUUGGUGGAGUCUGACAUAGAUUUAACCGCCGUUCUAAUCUAUGUAUCUCUCCUGUAUCUAUCUGUACUUACAUGUCCUGUAUGUAAUUAUGGAUAGGUGACCUAGGUUCUGGUGUAGUACGAGGUAGUUUCUGACAACAGCUUGGGAAUAGCAAAGAGGAGAUAGGCGCCGUCUGAUGUCACCAUCAUUCUAGGCUGCUAACCUUGUAUUGUACUCUUGAAGCUAUGUGCCUGUCUAAUUGUUUUAUGUAAGGGUGGAAGGAACAGCCGACAGUGUAACUUUACCACCAUGUCUCGCUGUAAGAUACAACCAUCUAGUUUGUGCAAUGUAUAAUUAUCUUCAGUA